CAUUUAUUGAUUUCGUUAUUGAUUUCUCGUGGAAGCAGCAUAAACAAGCAGCUUGCGUAUUCCUAGCUUUGACGUUGCAAAUGCUAUAGGUAAACAACUGCGGCGAUUUGACAUCGUAAUGCACGAAGACCUAACGCAAAAAAUUAGAAUAGAAAGAAUAUAGAAAGGGAAGAAAAAGAGGGACAUAGAAAAUUGAUAUGCUGAAUUUAACAAGGCAAGAAGCAUUUUGUACAUUUGCACUUUAUUAUUUAUCCUCUUUUUUCAACCAAAUUUUUUACGCAGUAUUAGCUUUAAGUGAUAAUAUAUUUUGUUUACUUGAAACAUUUUCGCUAUUCUAACCUACAAAUCAAGGAAGCUCCAACAAAUUGUUUGAUCUCUUUUUAUUAGUUAGAAUUGAGCCUGACAUAGAAAAUAAUCAAUUUGGUUGUACCUAGCUGAGCCGGAUAAAAUGUGUUGUUUUUAUCAUUGUAUAUACAUAUAUAUGUAUUCCAAAAUUCAAAAGCUCUAGACUAUUAUGUUUUUUAAAACUUUAAAUAGAUGAUCAGUAAAAAAACAACUUGAUUAACGUUUCGCGACAUGCUUCUCCAGAAUAACUUAGACUUACAUUCGGAGCUCAAAAUAAGAAAUAAAAAACAAAAGGACAAAAGAUAACAUAUUUUACAAAUAAGGAUAAUUAUAGCUAAUAUUAAUAGAUAGUAUUAGCUAUUACAAGAUGUUGGUAACAUCACAUAUGAAUCCGAAUCAGAGUCCGAAUUGCUUUCGGACAGUAACUCAGAACCAGAUGGUGCAACUGAUACUUUUGAUGACUAAAAACGGAUUGACUAAUUGACAGGACAUUGAAAAACAUGUUUCUUCACAUUACGGACACAUCUGAUACAGUUAAAAUCAUUUGGGAUUAUGCUUUUUAAUUAUUUCUAUUAAGACAGUGACUUUGCCACAUAACAUGUCUUUGAUUUAGAUAAUAUCAGUGCAGUAUGAUCAAUAUAUUGUUUUUGCGUUCAAACAAGUGACGUCAUAACAUUAUUUGCCGACAUUGUGAAAAUGUUAUUUAAUGUACAUCAAUCGAAAGCUUUACUCACGAAAAGUCGAAUGUUGUAUUAUUACUUUGAUGAAUUAGACAUACCUGUCUCAAAUUAUGGCAGAAAAACAUAUUUUCCAAGUGCCAAUUUUAUGGGGUUAUUUUAGGCUAACGCCCAUCGGAAAUCAAAAUGUACAUAUAUAUAUAUCUCUUGGAUUAUUUUCUUCUUUUCACAGCUAUUUAUUAUUUCCACAUAAUAUUAUUUUCUAAUCUUCAUGGUAGGGACAGACAGCAUUCACCCUUUCUCGUUUUUGUGCAUUCCUGGGUAUUUAACCAUCUGCCUUCGCGCCUCUCUUUUGUUCUUUAAUCUAUUGUAUUUAUUCCGCUUUUCUCACCUUCAGCUGGGCCUUAGAAAGUUUACUUGUGUCGUAUAAUUAGCCAUUAUUGUCCUUGCUUGUAAAAUGUAUUCUUUUGUCCUAUUGUUUUGUAUUCCUCAUUUUACGCUCCAAAUGUAAGUGAAGGUUAUUCUGAAGAAGCAUAUUGCGAAACGUUAAUCAAGUUGUUUUUUUACUGAUCAUCUAUUUAAAUUUUUAAAAAACAUUACAGUCUAGAGCUUUUGAAUACAUAUACAUAUAUAUAUAUAUAUAGAUUUAUGUUGAUAUUCCGCAAAAAGCAGUUGAUAGAUACUUGCAAUAUAGAUUUGAUCGCAGAAAUAACACUUUGUUGGUACCGGUUUCAUCUGAGAUUCUGCACGAUCAGAUGAAACCGGUACCAACAAAGUGUUAUUUCUGCGAUCAAAUCUAUAUUGCAAGUACAUAUAUAUAUAUGUAAUAGCUAUAUCCGCAUAGAAAAACUAUAAUUAGUUCUUAUCUGCUUAAGCAGCAACAUGAAUGUCGUUAACAAAUGCUGUCCAAGUUUGUCUCUCUUGCGCUAGUGUUCUUAGGCUUUCGAGAUCAUUUUUCGAUUUGAACUGGGUUAUGGUGCUAUAUCUAUUUUUGAACGUGUUAUGUCUCUUAAGCAGGGAUGUAGAGCUAGGGGGGCUGAGCCCCCCUUGUUAAUGCUGAAAAUUGGCAAAUUUCUACUUUUGCAAUUAUUUUUUUGCAACAUUUGUGCAAAAGCCCCCCUUGUUAUUUUGAUAGCACUACACCACUGCUCUUAAGCAUAAUUAUGUCGUUGCGUAAUAAAACUUGCAAUGUAAUUACUGGUCUUCUGCGAAACGUCUUUGCAUUUGAUUUUUCAAAAUAAUAGUUCAUUGCUUUUUGCGCUUGUGUUUCUGGAUGUGAUCGUAGAACAUGUCCAAAUAAUUUCCAUUUAUUUCGUAGCACUUCCAGGGAUAAGACAUCUUCGCCAGUUUGCCUGUACACCUGUUCCUUGCCUAUGUGUGCAGGGUAUUUAACAUUAAGUACCCUCCUUAGUUGUUGUCUAUGAAAAGAGUUUAAACUUUCUUCUUCUUUCUUUGUUAAUCCCCAAGUGCCAAAGUUGUAGAGAGGAAUUGGCAUGACUAAGGACUUGUAUAACUUGACUAAGUGAUUUUAAGGGGAGCCUCUACCCCCUUUUUACACAGGAGUGCGAGUGAAUUUUUUUACCAAAAUAUUUCGUUUUUUUAGAAGGAAUUUUGAAAAAAUAUAAAGAUUUUUUCGGGAAAUCGUUUGAGCAUAAAGAGGAAGUUCUUGUAUGAUUGAGCACUCCAUGGGCUCCGAUGCAGGUUGGAUAGUGGGGAGGGGGGGAGGGCAAUGGAAAACAUUACAAUCAUAACAAAAGACUUGUUUUGCAAGCUCUAUUGUUUUGCAAAAUGUGGGGAGCAAUGGCCCCCUGCCCCCCUUCAUCGUAGGUUCGCACUGGGCUUGUUCUUGUAAUAAUUUAAACUUUAAAAUCCAGUUAGGCAGGUUGCUAGGUGGUUAUGCAAAUUUCCCUGUCUAUCCGCAGGACCCGCUUAGAAAUAGAAUUUGAUCUAUGAGUCCUGCAAACGGAUUAUUCAGUUAUUGUACAAAUAUUAAGGGUUUUAAGACAAAGGCACAGACAAAGGUCAAUCGGCCUAUUGAUUACGCUGAGACGUUAUUGAUUUCUCUUGGAAGCAGCAAAAAGAAGCAGCCUGCGUAUUCGUAGCUUUGACGUUGCAAACGUUAUAGGUAAACAACUGCGGUGAUUUGACAUCGUAAUGCACGAAGACCUAACGCAAGUGAUGGGUAAUUCCUUACGUAGGGUUGAUAAAUUGAAAGUAAGAAUGUUACCGACAAUAAUUGCACCGAAAUGUCCAGUGCUCGUGGAUCAAAGGAUUCAGAUUAAAGUGAAAAAUUUGAGCCCGUUUCAAAGUGUAACCUUGCGAGUUGAGCUCAAUUCUGAUAAAUCAGAGCUUUUUGAAUCAUAUGGACACUACAUCGCAGACAAAGAUGGAGAGCUGAAUUUGUCACGAGAUUCUUCUUUUGGAGGUACCUACAAAGGCAUUGACAACAUGGGUUUAUUUUGGAGCAUGUUGUUAGUACCAGGGCAACGAAAAGGGGUCAGGUUUCUUGCAAGAGAUGUCACUAAACCGAUGGAAUUUAGGGUUUUCUUGUUUGACAGGCACGUUAUGUCUCAAGGGAAUGCAGAUAACCCGAAGCAAGCCGUGGAAAAGCUUCCUGAGCCUCUAGCAAAAACGAAAAUUUUACGAACAUAUCUGGCUGAUCAUGUGGAACGCACGGAGAUAAGUGUUGGCCGCAUAAGGGGGACAUUGUUUGCUCCUAAAGGACGCAGAAAAUUACCAGGUGUCAUUGACAUGUUUGGGACUCAUGGGGAUCUGAUUGAGUUUAGGGCAGCUAUUUUGGCAUCUCAUGGAUUUGUCACAUUUGCAUUGGCCUACUUUGGAUACAAAGAUCUUCCUAAAAGCCCAAACAACAUUGAUUUGGAGUAUUUCAUCGAGGCUGUUAAAUGGUUUGCAAGUCAUGACAGGGUUAAUUCAUCUGGCAUUGGAUAUAUAGGUGUUUCAGCUGGUGGUCAGAUUGCUUUGCAGAUUGGCGCAGAAUGUUCCCUGGUGAGGGCUGUUGUUGGUAUUUCUACAUCUGACAUUAUGGUAAUUCCACUUCAGUAUCAAGGGGAAAUUAGAGGCGUGGUUGGGGGACUCAAACUGGAGCAUUUCCUUAUAAAUGAAAAUAAUGAAGUUGUUUCUAUAGUCGUCGACCCUGCAGAAUGUCACAAAAACGAGAUUCCAGUUGAAGAAGUCAAAGGGAGUAUCAUGUUGGUCACAGGGAAUGAUGACAUGUGUCCUAAUACGUCUGAUAGUGCAAAGAAAAUGCAGAGAAGGCUAAAUGAACAUGGCAGGAAGCCGGCAACUAUUCUUCAUUAUCCUGGCACGGGGCAUUUAAUCGAAGUUCCUUUUAUGCCAAUGUGUCGCAUUUCUUACUAUCCACGUUUUAAACUUCAUUUUUUAUGGGGAGGGAAUGUAAUUGAGCAUUCUGCGGCACAGGAGCAUGCAUGGAGAGCUAUAAAAGGAUUUCUCUUGGAAAAUGUUCAAAAUGUAUCUAGUAAAUUAUGAUUAUUAUUUUUUGUCAAUAUGUAAUAUAGGAACUUAUUUUAUUUUAGGUCAGUCUUGCG